UUGUUAUAAAGGUUCAAGGCCUUGGUUUCCUUCACAAAAAAAAGGUUUAGCGCUAUUUGCUGUAACCCUUGCAAUUGCAUACACUGUGUAAGCAAGAAGAUGAACACAAACAUUAUGCUGAAGCGAGGUCUUGAAAGCUUGACCAGCACGGCAGCAACCACCAGAUUCUCCUCCUGCUUGUCUCUUCGGUUGUUCCGUUCCGACGCCGCUGCUGCUGCCGUGAACGCCCCUGCUUCUUCGGUUCUGAACACCGUCAACCCCCACACUCCUAUUUAUGCUGGAGUUAUCCCAAUUGGAGGUCGAGUGCGUUUGGCGAACCUGCCGAAGAAAAGGAACAUUGACAGGGACCUGAAAUCAGCUAUGCAAGGGGUUCCGGGCAUAAUAAAUAUAGUUCCAGCUGUUACUGGAAACAAGAAGACAAGGGAUCCUAUCUGCAAGGGUUUUGCUUUUGUUGAUUUCAAGCGCAAAAAGGAUGCAGUUAGGUGUGUAGAGUUGUGCGCUGGACAAACUAUAACUUUUGGCAAAAUUCAGAAGCAAAUAAAAUGUGAGGUUGUUAAUGCACAGUCUUCCUCUUCUUCUCUCCAGUUAAGCAAAAAUCCCGGCGCUCUUCCACUUCCAUCUGAACAGGGUACCAAAGUUAGACAAGAGAAUGCACCCAAGAAAAAACUAAUUUCCAAAAAGAAAGUAAAAAAAGUUUUAGAAAUUCCUGGAUCAGCAAAGAGGUUGAAGAUCGAGAAGAAGUCUAUAUUAACUCGUAUUUUCUCCAAGUACGGAUCAAGACCUGUUGUUGCUUCAAAGGAUAAUUAGUGAAUUGUUGAUCAGAGAUUGUCAUAAUUUAAACUAUCUCUCCCAGCAUUUAGGGUCUACUACAAACUAAAAAACCAUUUUACAUGCUGGGGGACAUUUUAGUUGGCGUAGGUUCAUGCUAGUUUUUUAUUCAAGUGUCCAAUCAAGUUGUAGCAUAGGGAGUAUUGUCGAAAAAUCUAUACUAUUAUGUCUCCUGAAGGCAUUCUUUCUCAGUAUCUCUACUCUUGGGUGGGAAACUGGGAAUUGAAAUAUUUAUUGGACAUUCUCAUGUAGUCAUGUUUGAGUUUGAUUCAUUAAAACACUGGGUUAAAUUUGGUUG